GUAUCAGGCUCAACAAACCCAAUCCACAAUGCCAUUUUCUUGCUAACCCAAAAAAAUCCAUUCUUUAGAUUUUUUUUUUUUUUUUUACUUUCUGAGUUUAGAGAUUCCAUUUUCCCCAUUCUUUUGUUGUUGAUUCUUUGAGUUUGGGUGUUUGUGAAGAUGGGUAGUGUUGGGUUGCUGAAGAACACCACCAUGGUGUGUGCUCCAUUGAUGGCUCCUUCUGUGGAGGAGCUGAUCAAUGGCAUGUAUAGGGCCAAAGAACAAGGGGCUGACUUGGUUGAGAUUAGGCUUGACUCUAUCAAGGAUUUCAAUCCCAAACAAGACCUUCAAACCCUCCUCAGGAAUAAGCCUCUCCCUGUCCUCAUUGUUUACAGACCAAUCUGGGAAGGUUAUAACCUGGAAGGGGAUGAUGACAAGCAACUUGAAACUCUUCGUUUAGCCACCGAACUGGGAGCAGAUUACGUUGACUUUGAGCUCAAGAUCGCUUAUGAUUUCAAGAAAGAGGACAGAAAGAACUGUAAUGGAUCGAGCAAAAUGAUUGUAUCGUGCUACGUUGAAAACCUCGUCUCUUCGAAAGAAGAUCUGAGUGAUGUCGUUGCACGUAUUCAAUCCACCGAGGCGGAUAUCAUAAAAGUUGUUACAGACGCAACCGACAUUACAGAGCUUUCGAAACUGUUCCAAUUGCUUUCACAUUGUCAGGUGCCGGUUAUUGCUUAUUCUAUUGGCGAGAGAGGUCUUAUAAGUCAGUUGUUGGGCCCGAAAUUCGGUGGUGUCAUAGUGUAUGGAUCAAUUGAAGGGAGCCCCGUGCCCGGUGUGCCAACUAUAGAUCACCUUAGAAAUGCGUACCAAAUUGAGGAUAUGGAUGCGGAUACAAAAGUUUUCGGCCUCGUUUCAAAACCCGUGAGCCAUAGCAAGGGACCUCUCUUGCAUAAUCCGACAUUCAGACAUGUGGGCUACAACGGGAUUUAUGUGCCAAUGCUUGUGGAUGAUCUUAAGGAGUUCUUUAGGGUCUACUCGAGCCCCGACUUUGCUGGCUUCAGUGUUGGGAUCCCAUACAAGGAAGCAGUGGUCGAUUUUUGCGACGAAGUCCAUCCACUUGCUCAGUCCAUAGGGGCUGUAAAUACUAUUGUGAGGAGGCCUAGCGACGGGAAGCUUAUUGGCUAUAACACAGAUUGCGAGGCUUCUAUAACGGCAAUUGAGGACGCUUUGCCUUUGACCCUGAAGGUUAAUGGAUCGACAAAUGGAGCAGCAUUCCAUCAUUCUCCACUCUCGGGAAAACUAUUUGUCCUGGUUGGUGCCGGAGGGGCAGGAAGAGCGCUGGCAUUCGGAGCAAAGACGAGGGGAGCUCGGAUUGUCAUUUUUGACAUUGACCUCGGUAGAGCAAAGGCUCUUGCAGAGGCAGUCUCGGGUGAAGCUCAACCAUUUGAGAACUUACCUUCUUUCAAACCCGACAGUGGUGCGAUCCUUGCAAACGCAACGCCUAUAGGAAUGCAUCCAAACACAGACCGCAUCCCUGUGGCAGAGGCAACGCUGAGGGAUUACCAUGUUGUCUUUGACGCUGUCUACAACCCUCGCAUGACCACUCUAUUGAAAGCAGCCGAGGCUGCUGGAGCCAUCACUGUUAGCGGAGUUGAAAUGUUUCUCCGCCAGGCUAUGGGCCAGUUCAAUCUUUUCACCGGGGACAAAGCACCUGAAGAGUUCAUGCGGGAGAUCAUUAUGGCUAAAUUCUGAUUCUCAGAAAACAUACAUAUUGUGUGGAAGGAUUUAGUGAGACAAAACAAUAAAUAUUGUGAAGAAAAGAAAUUAUUGACCUGAAAACAAUUGAAAGUAUAAUGGAAAGCUGGUUUGGUGAUAGCAUAUAUGACUACAGCUCCUCACUAUCACUUGACCACUUUACAAAGUGUAUACUGCUAAGUGUUUAGUAGUGAUAUUUAUUUAUAUAUAUAUAUUUUUAAUGGGAGGAACCUCUGAUUAUUUGUAAUUAAUAAAUUAUUAUAUAA